UGAAUACGCGGAGCACACAAACUGUCAGAACGUAAUUGGCUACCGGCAACGAAUAAUUCAGAGUUUCCCGAGUCUCAAAAACGAGUGGCCCGUUGUGUGUGUCGUAAUCUAGUGAUAACACAAAUAGAAGUGCGUGCGUCUCCUUGUGUGUGUGUCUGUGUCUGUGUGUGAUUGUGCUUCUUUUCUUUUUUGUUUCGUGUUUGCAUGUGCUAAAUCAAAUUUAAGGAAAGGGCCAAAUUUAAAACAAAACAAAAAAAAAAAAAACGCGCCAUUACUUUCAAAAUUUGCAUUUGGCAACGAAAUAUUUCAAGACGUACAUCCAAUUUCCCUUUUUUGUUUUUUUUAAAUCCAUCCUCGUUCCUACAAAAAUUUGAAUUAAAAAACCCCAAAAAAAAACAAAAAAAACGAGAGAGAGAGAAUCAUGGGUCGAAUGAAAUCCCUGCAGCCGACCGAAGCCGGAAUCCACAACCUGUUUUCCGUCCGAUACCGCCGGCUUAUCGACGAGAACAACAGCAACAACAAUCAGCACAACAACAAUCAGCAACAGCAAAACAACAACAACAAUAACAACGCCCAACUUGUCGUGCAGAAUCUCAUUCGCAUGAAGUUGUCGCAGGAUUACAUCGCAUACUGUUGCGGCCAGUGCGGCCAUCACCAACGAUUCGACAUCAAGGCGGACGAACUACAUAACAUUGGUGACGCGCUCCGCAUGUCGUGCACCAAGGCGCCAUCAGCAGACGCCGCUGCUGCUGCUGCUGCCACCGCAUCUACCACGACAUUGGUCCUUUCAACAACGACGUCCAGCGACGCAAAGUUGAUCAACUUGCCAUCGCCAACGGUCAAGAACGGUCAUACCACUUGGACGAGGCAAUUUCACGACAAGAACCGGCAACAUAGCAAAGCCAACAACAUUGAAAAAUCAGCGGCCUUGGUCGAAGCACCGGAACAUAAUCUGGUUGAGAUGAGCAAAUGCAAGUGCAGCAAAGAUACGACAAAGACGCUCAUCAAAGGAAGCGCAGGUGGCAACGCCGGAGAGGGUAGAGCUCCGGGGAUUGGGGCAGCCUUAGUUAUGCCUUUCCAUUCCCACCACCCCGUCAUGAUGGGUUACAAGCCUCUGCUCUCGUCCAUCGACUUUAGCGCGAGCGGAACGCCGACAUCCGCCAAACCAUCCACGCACUCGUGCAACAGCAGCGUCGGAACAUCGUCUUGCAGCUCAUCAAGGUCUGCCUCGCCAUCAUCGGCGAGCGAUGGCUACCUCCCCACGUUGCCCGUGCGGACGGAUAGCCUGACCAAUUUGGAAGAGGAAGCUUUGCUCAAAUGCGCCCCUUGGUUCCAAGCCGGCAUUCCUAGGGAAAUAUCUUUGGAGAUAUUGCAACAGGAACCGGUGGGGUCGUUCUUGGUUCGCGAAUCGACUUCAAAACCGGGUUGCUACGCGCUAUCGGUUCGUGUCCCGAAAGAAUGUCAAAAACCUUCCAUUGCUCAUUAUCUAAUCACGCAAACCAACAGAGGAUUCAAAAUCAAGGGCUUCACUAAAGAAUUUCCAAGUCUCACGUCCUUGAUUGUGCACCACUCCGUUAUGCAAGAACUCUUGCCCUGCCCACUCUUGCUGCAUCGCCCAUCGUCCGGACUCCUGGCCGACUACCUGGAACAUGCCAACAACUUUGUCGACAUUGACUCGAGCGUCUUGCUCGAACUGACCCGUAAAAAAGGCAUCGAAUAACCACGUCAAAGCUGAUGAGGUGUUUUUAAAACGUUCAUUUCUUUCCAAUUUUCUGUAAACAUUUGUACACACAUCAUUCUUUUACCCCCCUCCCCAUCAAUUGUUGUUUCCAAUUUUAUUCUCCUAUUAUAUUAUAUAUACUCAAGUCUUGAAGGUAAUUUUUUUUUUCCAUAUAUAUACCUAGUCGCUUCAGUUUUUUCAUUUAUCCCGGGGCAAAUUCGUUUGAGAUUGGUAAAUACAUCCCCCCUCCCCUUCUUCCUUACUGCAACUUCCAUUUUGGCAACAACAUUGAUAUUUAAAAAAAAAAAAAAAGCCGUUCAAUGAUAUUUAAUUGCAAUUGCAAGUACAAAGCGGCGUUUGAAUGACAUUAAGAACAAUCAAAUUUUCAAGCUUAAAAAACUUUAAGUCGUCAACAAGUGGCCUAAUCGGCGAUUUCAAAAAAGCCAUUUUCUUUUUCACUUCAAAAUGGAGGUUUACAUAUGUAUAUGAAUAUAACGAUUCCAGCAAUAAAAAUAAACGAAUGGAUAACCUGUGGAA